CAGGGCCCCCCCCCCCCCCCCCCCCCGCGGCGCCCCCGCGCCUCGCGCCGCGCCUCGCGCCAUGGCGUAGGGCGGGGCAGCGCUGGCCGGCCGCGAGGGCGGGAUGACGGGCUUCCAGUUCAGCGCGGAGGCGAUGUUCUCUGCUACAACGCCCACAUCCGAGGAGCGCGCGCAGAAGGUCCGCCAGGAGGCCAAUCGAUACGUCGAGCGGCACGGCAUCCGCGAGCUGAUGCAGGGCUUGUUCCAGCGGCUCGUGAAGGAGCGGCCCGACGACCCCCGCGCCUUCCUGCAGGA